UGAUAUCUUUCCUCCUCCAGAUCCUAAAGUACACCUUGUACUUUAGCCUGGCCAUGAUCGUGUACUUCCUCAAUGCGUUCGUAGUUCAGCCUUGGCUGUUUAAGAGGAGAUAUAGGAAGUUUAGGAAUGUGGUCAUGAGUCAGUCAACCUCUUUGUUCGGGGAGUAUGAGGUUGUGGAGAGAAUGAAGAAGGAGAAUAAGUUUAUGAGCUAUUAUUUGAUGGAAGAUGGGGUUAAGAAUUCGGAGAUGGAUAUAAGAGUCGUGUUUAGUGGAAAACAACCUUAUUUCUUGCUGACGUCCUGUAGGGCAUUUAAGGAGUUUAGAGACCUUUGUCCGAAAGAUAUUGAUAGAUGGGAUCAUUCGAGCAAAAGUUUUGGGAGGAUGUGUGUAGGGUCUCUUGAUCAGAUAAGAAGUAACCAAGAUUGGAAGCAGAGGAGAGAUGCUAUUAUGAAAGUUAUUGGAAUCAACUUCUCAUCAAGAUUCAUCCCUCUGAUGAUCAGGAAGAUCAAGGAAAAUACUAAUGCUUGGAAACAAAAUGAAGAAAUCGAUCUUAGUAAAGAAAUGCAGUCUACUACCUUUGCUAUAAUUACAGAGAUCCUGUUUGGAAUUGAUAUCAAGCAAAAGAUAGGCUUGAUAGACUACAAAGAUUUCAAAGGAAAGGUUCACCAGAUAAACUUUGAACAGUACAUCACUACCCUUAGCAAGGAUUGCUUCAAAGCUAAAUCCCAUCCGCUUUCAAUCCUGUUCCCUUUUAUGGUUCAUAGAAAUUUGCUCAGACCAAAUAAUAUUGUUGGUGAAAAUUGUCAGAAUUUGUGGAGGGUCCUUUCUGGCUACUUGGAGCAGAAUAAAGAUGACGACUCAGUGUACUAUAGAGUUCUAGCCAAUAACAGCUCUUUUGACAAAGAUCUCUUAAUGAGGGACAUGAUCUUAUUUUAUUUCGCAGGACAUGAUACUUCAUCUCAUGCAAUCUCAAGCUGUAUCUUCUUCAUGAAAAAGAACCCUGAUGUCAUCCAGAAAUGUAUUGAAGAACUUAAGGUUGUUUUUGGAGAGAUCAACGCUGAUUCAAUUGGUGAACAUCUGACGCCUCAAAAGAUUGAUGAGCUAGACUAUCUGACAUACGUUAUCAAGGAAACUCUGAGAUACGAUAACCCUGCCACAAUGUCGUUGGGAUAUCAAGCAAUCAAUGACGUCACUGUUUGUGGAGUCCCAAUUCCAAAGAAAUCAAAAAUAUUUUUGUGCAUCGCUGCUUCUCAUUAUAGUUCAAAAGAAUGGAAAGAGCCUGAGAAGUUUAUCCCUGAGAGAUUUAAUCCUGAAAGCGAGUAUUUCACAAGUCCUGAUGGUACUCCUGUCGGGUUAAACGUAUUUAUGCCAUUUACUUUUGGUCUUAGAAAUUGUGCAGGUAAAUCACUUGCAAUGCUUGAAAUAAAAGUUGUAAUUUCUUACAUUAUUCUGAAGUAUGGCAAUAAAUAUGAACUAGAUCCUGAGCAAAAGAAGAACGAUUUCAUCAGGUUUGGCGUUGGCUCUCAGUUUAAAACCAAGAUAACACUCACAGAAUAAAGGCUAAGUCAAUUUCAACUAAAAAAACAGAAAA